GUUCAAUAGCAGAAUAAAGAGACAAGCUGUGCCAUUUCCCACUCAACAAACGCAAGAGAGAAAAAGGAAAGAAAACCCUCAUUUCAAGAAAUCAAGCACACAAAGAAACAGAUCUUCUUUACAGUUUCUUGCCAAACAAUGGCCAACUUGUUAACUUCUUCUUUCAUGAUUUGUGCUGCCUUGUUCAUCUUGAUCUCGAUGAACGCAUCGACCACCGUUCACGGAGGUGGGGACCACCAGCACCAACUGGGAUGGAUACCCAUCAGAUCAUCCUGCAAAGGGUCUAUAGCAGAGUGUUUGGCCAGUAAUGGGGAGGAGUUUGAAUUGGACUCAGAGAUCAGCAGGCGCAUUUUAGCAACAAGUAGCUACAUCAGCUAUGGUGCACUGCAGAGAAACACUGUGCCUUGCUCUAGGAGAGGAGCGUCCUACUACAAUUGCCAGCCUGGGGCUCAGGCCAACCCCUACAGCCGUGGCUGCAGCGCCAUUACAAGGUGCAGGAGUUGAUUUUUAUUUCCCUUUUUUUUUUUUUGCCCAUUUUAUUUCAAAGGACGGAGGUUGGGUUUCUGAAGGGAAGGAGAGGCUGAUGAUGUUUGUUAUUUUGUGUUAUUGAUGAAAAUAUCGUUGCUAUAAUUAAUCUGAAUUUCUCUGUAAAAGAUUAUUGUUAUUA